AUGGGCAUAAAUCCCCAUAAUCCUCGCAGCAAUUUCGGCGUUUUGAAGGGUGAGAAAUUGAUAGUGGCUGUGAUUUUGGGAGGUGGGGAAAUCAAGAGGGAGGGGAAGAAGGUCUGGGUCGUUGUUGAGUUGGGGUUUUGGGUUCGUUGGGAGGGACAAACAAGGAAUGUUAUUGGAGAUAAAGGACUAGAAGUUCUUGCUCGGAGUUGCAAGAGAUUGAGGAGGCUCCGAAUUGAGCGAGGUGCAUAUGAGCAAGGCAUGGAGGAUGAAGAAGGUGUUGUUUCUCUUUCCUGUUUGAUUCUGGAGUUGGAGAGGAAUGCGGCAUGUGACAACAAGAAGACUCGGAUCAGCCCGCGACACGUGCUAUUAGCAGUGAAAAACGACGAGGAGCUGGAGAAGCUUUUGAAAGGAGUGACCAUAGCCAGUGGUGGUGUGCUUCCGCAGAUAAACCUAAUUUUGCUUCCAAAGGAGAUGACGUCGUCCAAAGCCUCUUCCAAGGCUCCCAAGCUCGUCAAUCCCACCACCAACAAAUCGUCUUUUUCUGCGGCUGUAGAAAAUGCUCCCAACUUUGGGAACGAGGCAAACAACGCCGCUUCAGAUGUCGCCAACAAUGCGUCUCCCAAUUCACCACCCAAGGAGUUGGCCUCAAGCCCCUCUUCUGGUGUUUCUGCUGUAUCAGCAACUACAUAA